AUGGUGAAUCCUCAGUAUGGCUUCCCUGAUUUGGUUAGUGGAAGUUUCAUCAAGGACGGGGUAAAGUUAGUUCGGGACCCCUUUAUAGGUGGUUCGUAUUAUGAGCUUGGAAGUUCAAAGUUUUCUAGUCUAUACCUAACAUGGGCCUUACCACUCAUAACGAAGCCACUCAUUGUUAAUUGCACUGUUUCUGCGCUUCGUAAAUGGGCAUCUCAGGGUGUGCCGUUCAAUUUUGUAAGAAUUUAUGACAUUUUGGAAGCUGAUAUUAAAAUAAGUUUUGUUAGUGGCGACCACGGGGAUGGUUUACCAUUCAAUGGGAAACAUGGACCUUUCGGUCAUGGACUUCCUCCGCCUACGGGAAUCCUCCAUUUAAACGAAGACAUUCCGUGGGCGAUGGGAGCAGUGCCUGGGACAGUGGACAUUGAAACAGUUGUGUUACAUAUGCUAGGACACGUCCUUGGUCUUAGUCAUAGUAAUGUUAGUUCUGCAGUAAUGUGGGCACAUAUGCAAUGGGGGUUGAUCAAAAGAGACUUAGAUCCUGAUGACAUUGUCGGAAUUAGGACAUUGUAUGGUUAUCGUGAUCGUCCCCGCCACCGCGCCUUCUAG